AUGACUACUCCAAGGCCGAGUGACCGUGGAAAAUGUCAUUUUUAUGGCCUAAAUUCAACGUAUGCGACUACAAUGUGGCAAAUAGUUGAUAUGACAACAUCAAUCAAUCCAGCUCCUAUUGACAAUCAAAUCGUUCGAUUCAAUCUUUCUGCAUGGCUUGGUGAUUAUGCCAGAGACGAAGACGCUGCUGGAAUAUUAUUCACAUUUUUAACUCAAGCUAACCAAACUGUAGGCAAUACUACUACUCUUGGACCAGUUUCACCUGCAGACCGUAACAGCGCAACAUUAGUUUAUCGACAAAUAAAUGGACAAGUACCUAUUGGUGCCCGUCGUUUUAAACUUUUAGUCACAAUCACUCGCGUGUCGGGCUCUAUUAAUGACGGCGACGUUGAUAAUAUUGCGCUUUGGUUCUAUCGUUUAUAA